CUGUCUGGAAAGUUCUCUGCCCUUUCAUAAGCGCUUGUCAGAUACCAGGCUGCAAGAAACGUGAACUGGAGACAAUUUCUUUCUAACCGUAUAUGUUUUUUGUUGUACAAGCGUGAGUGGUGCACGGCAGUCUUUACGUCGCUAGUUGAAGGCUACAUCGUGCAAUUUAUCUACAUCGGCAUUCAUAAGAAAGUUGGAUUAGCUUGCUAGUGUUUACGUUAUCUGUUGCCUACUUCACUUGGCGUGGUUGGUGAGGUACUUAGCUUUAGCCACCGUUACCCUAUCCAGUGUUUGUCAGGUUGGAUUUUGCUGUAAGCAAGAGUAGGAAGAGGGAGAAAUCUGCCUCAUGACAAUGACUGCAGAGGAGCAGACAAGCGAAGGACAACACACGAUCCCAAUGGAGGGCGAGGAUAUUACGUUAAAGAAAGACGGGGGUGUCUUAAAGCUGGUCAAAAGGGAAGGCACAGGCACAGAGCUCCCUAUGACUGGUGACAAAGUGUUUGUCCAUUAUGUGGGAACGCUUUUGGAUGGGACACAUUUUGACUCAAGCAGGGACAGAGGAGAGAAGUUCUCAUUCGAGUUGGGCAAAGGACAGGUAAUAAAGGCAUGGGACAUUGGUGUGGCUACAAUGAAAGUGGGAGAGUUGUGCCAGCUCAUCUGUAAGCCAGAGUAUGCUUAUGGAUCGGCAGGCAGCCCACCCAAGAUACCCCCCAAUGCCACUCUUGUUUUUGAGGUGGAACUAUUUGAUUUUCGAGGUGAGGACAUAACCGAAGACGAGGAUGGAGGAAUCAUUCGGCGUAUUGUCACUAAGGGGCAGGGAUACUCAAAACCUAAUGAAGGAGCUGCUGUUGAAGUGAUUUUGGAAGGUACCUGUGAUGGACGUGUAUUUGACCAGAGAGAACUAAAGUUUGAGAUUGGGGAUGGAGAGAGCCUUGGCUUGCCGGCUGGAGUGGAGAAAGCUAUCAUGGCUAUGGAGCAAGGGGAGGAGGCACUCUUCACUAUGAAGCCCAAAUAUGGCUUUGGGAAUGCAGGAAAUGCAAAGUAUAACAUUCCUGGUGGAGCAACAUUAGAGUAUAAGAUUUCGCUAACAGCCUUUGAGAAGGCAAAAGAGUCAUGGGAAAUGAACACACCUGAAAAGCUGGAGCAAAGCAGUAUUGUGAAAGAGAAAGGAACACUGUAUUUUAAGGAGGGAAAAUACAAGCAGGCAUCUGUGCAGUACAAAAGGAUUGUUUCUUGGCUGGAACAUGAGUCUGGAUUAUCAGGAGAGGAUGAAAAGAAAGCAAAAGCAUUGCAGCUAGCUGCACAUCUUAAUUUAGCCAUGUGCUACCUCAAAAUGCAGGAGCCAAGCCUAGCCUUAGAAAACUGUGACAAGGCUCUGGAGAUGGACGCCACCAAUGAGAAAGCAUUGUUCCGAAGAGGAGAGGCACUCUUCGGCAUGAAGGAGUUUGACAGAGCAAGAGAUGAUUUUCAGCGAGUUCUUCAGCUGUAUCCGGCUAACAAGGCUGCCAAGAGCCAGGUGGUCCUUUGCCAGAAACGUAUCAAGGAGCAGCAUGAGAAGGACAAACGCAUCUAUGCCAACAUGUUUCAGAAAUUUGCAGAGAGAGACUUAAAGCAGAAAGAAGCAGAGAAGGGGAAGAACGUGAGCAAGGAGAACGGCGGUGACGAAAUGGAGGUCGAAAACGGUGAAAAGGAAGCUGAGAGUGAAGCGAAAGCAUAGAUGAAGAUGCAACUGUAAUGUGGUUGAAUUGUUCUUAAACUUUUUUGUAACUGGCCAUUUGUGUUUAAGGUGUGAUUGUGUGUAUGUGUGGGAAUGAGUCACAGAGCACUGACCUCGGGCACGUCUCUGCAGGCUUUUUGGUGUGGCAGCUAGCUGAGUGAGUAGGGGCUUCCUCAGCUGAUGGCACUGUGGAGGUGAUUUAAUGAACUGUGCCAUGAUUAUGGCCCUGAAACCUUUCAACCCACAGCUUUUAACUGUGCAUGUGAUCUCAAAGAAAUGCGGUUUGGAACAAAAGUGCAUCCCGAGUGCUAAGUGCAAAAUUAAAAACCCUGAAACGUGAAGGGCUAGACAGUUUACCUUGCACUAUCUUCUGUCCUGUAACCAUUCUCACAUUUUUGCUGUCUAGCCUAGCCUUGUCUCCGGCCUACUGAUCAAUUCCUGAAGUUGUGAUGGCUAUGUUCAUAGAUCAGAUGAGUUUUGAAUGUUAGUGCCUGUGUCCCAAAGUGUGUAUGUAGCAGCGCUGUUGUAUAGGUGGAGUAACAAGACGUUAGCCUGUCACACCAGUCAGACUUUGAACUUUUCUCAAAACUUGAAGAUGGAGCUCCCUUAAAACCUCCCUAGGGUACAGAACUGUUCAUGUUUGCUUUUGAAAUAUUGACUUUGUACCCCCCCCCCCCCUAUUUUUUCUUCUUUUUUGUUUUUCCCCUCAGUAUUGUGCUUCUUACUGCGGUAUUGUUCUCAAACUGAAUUGAAAAACAACAGAUUACUCAACUGGAAUUUUGUUCAUUUAUAAGCAGCUACAGUAGACAGCUUUAUUAGCUUCUCCUGGAUGCAAGUAAGAAUGGUUACAUAUUAGUCUUAAUUUCCUGUAAAAAGUAAAUGUAUGAACAUAUGCAUAUAUGGCUUGUCGGGUUCAGUUUUAGACUACACCAGGGAAAGAUGUGACCCUUGCCAGUUUUAGUCUGCUGUGCCUACAGUGGCAAAAACGACUAAUUUAAGAUGGCGCUGUCAAAGUUUGAGAAAUGUCACUGCUUUGUUUAUCCUUGAUGGGAUAUAAUAAACAGUAACUACUAAAAA